AUGGCAGCGUAAUUCAUCCCGACUGCUUUUCACAUCAGUUUACCAGCGCGAAGUCACGAAGAAAUGAAACAUGGCGGACUCGGAUGGGAGACAGGUUGACAGCAUCAACCACUCUACAGAGGAAGAUGUAAAGUUGCAAGAAGUUGUUCAAGCUAAGUGUGAAGGUAAGGAAUUGACCAAAGAAGAAAAGCAGCGUCUUAGGAAAGAGAAGAAGCAGCAUAAAAAGAACAAAAAAGAUGACAGGGGUCCUCCAGAGAAGGAGAAGGAGAAAGAGAAAGCAUCUGUACUAGCUCCAUCAAAACCUGCCACACAGAGCCCAGCACAUAAAGCAGCUCCUGUGCCUGUAAAUGCAUCUGCAUCUGAAUCUCCUGUGGCUGCAGAGAAGCCUGCAAAGAGCAAAGCAGAGCAGCGAGCAGAGCGUCGGGCAAGGCAAGACACAGAACGGGCAUCAAAACAGGGCAAGAAAGAAGGGGGGCAGCAGUCUGCCUCCAGCAAGCCUAAAGCUACCCCCAAUGAGCUUCAGCCAGUAGUGAAAAGGUUACCAGAGCACAUUCAGGUGGACGACCCUGCUGCAUUGAAGAAGUUGGCCAAAAAACUUGAGAGACAGCAGGUUCCUUUGAGGUCCGAUUAUGGUUACAAGGUCAGCCUGUUCUCACAUCUACACCAGUACAGCCGAAAAAACCCUCCCACCCAGCAAAUCAGCAUCCCUGCCACAGUUAUUCACCCAUCCAUUGUUCGGUUGGGCCUGCAGUACUCUCAGGGCAUUAUAGCAGGAUCCAAUGCUCGAUCUGUGGCCCUACUACAUGCCUUUAAACAGGUUAUUCAAGACUAUAGCACACCUCCAAAUGAGGAGUUGUCGAGGGACCUUGUGAACAAGCUGUCGCCCUAUAUCAGUUUUCUCAGCCAGUGUCGGCCCCUUUCAGCCAGCAUGGGCAAUGCCAUCAAGCACAUCAAGAAGGAAAUUUCAAAUAUACCCAGUCAGUGCAAAGAAGAAGAGGCGAAAAGGAGACUGCAGGAAUGCAUUGACAGUUACAUAAACGAGAAGAUCAUUUUGGCUUCUGAAGCCAUUUCUAAGUACGCUAUUGAGAAGAUAAGUGAUGGAGAUGUUAUUCUUGUUUAUGGCUGCUCUUCACUUGUCAACCACAUUCUGUGCGAAGCUUUUGAAAAGCAGAGGAAGUUCAGAGUCAUAGUUGUGGACAGUCGGCCCAGGCUGGAGGGCAGAGAGGCGCUGAGGCGUCUGGUGAAGAAAGGCAUCCGAUGUACUUACGUGCUUAUAUCUGCCUUGUCCUACAUUCUGCCUGAAGUAUCCAAGGUAUUUCUUGGUGCCCAUGCACUCCUUGCCAAUGGAUAUGUGAUGUCACGUGUGGGAACUUCCCAGAUUGCCCUGGUAGCAAAGGCCUACAAUGUACCAGUGCUGGUCUGCUGUGAGACCUACAAGUUCUGUGAACGAGUGCAGACGGACUCUUUUGUAUCCAAUGAAUUAGAUGACCCUGAUGACCUGAUUGUUACCAGAAAUGGAAAGACCCACCUAGAGAACUGGCAGACUGUUAAAUCACUGGGGCUUCUGAACUUGGUGUAUGACGUGACGCCACCGGACUUUGUGGACCUUGUAAUCACUGACUUGGGCAUGAUCCCCUGCACCUCUGUGCCUGUGGUACUGCGAGUCAAGAACGUAGAUCAGUGAAGAGCGGACAAACACGGUUCUGCUUCCCUCUUGCAUCUGCACAUAAAAGAGUCUGUGCACAUGGGGCUUAAACAUAUCUAUGAAAAGGAACAAGCUUUUCAAAUAAAGCCACUGUUUACAUUCUUACUGGUGGGAUCCAUUUAAUUUUGAAUUGUAUAACUGUUCCAAUUCCAUUUUCUAAAAAAAUGACACAGUCCGGUUCAGUCCACCUAAUGAGAUUUUCUUUGGAAAAUUCUCAGAUUAGUACUUAGAAUUGUUUUACACAAGCUCAAGAAGGUCAGAUCCACAAAAUUCAAGAAAGUGUCUGUAAAGCAUGUGUGCUUUCAGUUUUGGCCCAUCAUGGUGGUCAGUGCAUAGACAAAAACAUAAGAAAAAUCAUCCUUUUUGGAUAGUUGCUCUUGCCGAAGUCCUUUCAUUGAUGUGAAAAAGAGAAAUAGAACAUGGUUCAAAUGUGUGUAAGACCAUGCAAAAGCUGACUAUGUUGCAUAAGGGGUUUUGUUUGUAUUACCAAAACCUUGGAAAUGCGACAGAAAAAUAGAUGGUUUAGAUUACAAAAAACUGUUGUUGGCUGAUUCUUUGUGAUAUUGUGACAAAUCUUUAUUUUAGUUGCCAAGGUACAUGCUGAAUUCUAUACCACAAUACUACAUUCUUGGCAGAAACUCACAAUGAAAUUUAUGUCAGUAUUCUACUAAUAGUGUCCGUCUAUAUAUCUCAUAUUAGCAGAUCAAACAGAUUCUCUUUUACACUUACACUGCCAAAAAGAAAAGCAUACAGUUUCAGAGGUUGAAGAGUUGUCCGUUAUGAAAUAUGAAAUGUGACAUCUGUAAACAGGUGACUGUAACAAUACAUUUUUCACAAAUAUGUCCUGUGACAUCCAUUUCCCCUCCAUUGUAAAAUGAAUGUCAGAAAACCUAUAAUUCUUAUAUAAUUAAUCUUUAAAAUAAAAUUACUUUUUGUCUUUAAACAACACAAAAUAUUUGUAAAAUCAUUGCUAAAAUAUCUCAGUGCUUCACUUUGACAUGUUCAGAGUCAAAACAUCUGUCAGAAAUGUGGCUGUCCUCCAAACACAAUCAGCGAGGUCAGUUUCCCUUUACAAACCAGCCUUGUCAAGGCUGUGAAAAUGUGUCAGUAUUCAUGAAAGCUUUUGUAAAAUGUAUAAAUAAAAACAUUUAAGGACAUUGAGGGUCAAAAGAAAGUGAAAUAAAACA